CCAAAGUUAAUCUACCGUUACAAUUGGACUUGCUACUACGAGAGUACUUAAGUAUUAACUUUGUAAUUAGAAGGUUAUUAAUAAACGUGGAGUAACCUUGGAGUAGCAAUACAUUCCUUACAACGGGAUUAACACGAAUGUUAUGGCAACCCCACAUAAUUUAAAAGUAAAAAGAGUGAGCAACGGAAUGAAAUGAACGGAAGAUGUCAUUUAAACAAUGACAUUUAGUAUAAACUUCAACGGCAGGCUGUCAUUUUCGUUUGUUUGGUGUUGAAUGUUUAGUUGCGAUUUGCGAUUUUAGGUGAAAAUAUUAACAAUUUUAUAGGUAACUCUCUGUUGUUGACUUUAUCAUUCUUAUUUACAAUGAGCCAAAAACGUUUUCGUUCUAUUAACUGGGAUGAAGAAGAAAAGCAGUUAUUUCGCUCCGUGCUCAAGGAAUAUGCGCAAAUUAUUGAAAAUAAAUCCGUAGAUACAAACACAAAUAAACUAAAAAUUAACGCAUGGGAGCAAGUUCAUAUUAAGUUUAAUGAAUUAAAUAGCCGAUCUCGAGAUCUAAACCAAUUAAAAAUACAGUGGAAAACCAUGAAGAUAAAUGCACGGAAGACAUGCAGCACCUUUAAAAAGGAAGUUAACAAAACAGGUGGUGGGGCAAGACCAGCGACUCCUAAUGAGGCAAUAAUUGAAAUAAAAGACCUAUUAAAUCCUGCGGAGCUGUUAAUAGAUCAUAAUAUAUAUGACUCGGAUGGAGUUACUGUUGGAGAAUUAGAACCAACCCUCAUUGAUUCAAAACAUGUAGAAAAGGAGCAAAGUCUCCCACUACUGGACACAGCUGGAAUAAAAGCCCAGAUAAUUCAAGAAGAUGCCACUGUAGCGACUCCAAUUGCAAAAAAGGUUGAUUCAAUUCCAGCGAAGGACGUAAAACGAAAAAUUCCAACAAAUAAUAUUGUGCACAGCAGUAAGAAGCCCAAAAAGGUAAACUGCUACUAAUUUAGAGUUGAUUUUGUUUACAACACA